ACGCCGGAGAUGGUAAUGAAGCUUUACAUGAACAAGCUGACGCCGUACGAGCACCACGAGAUCUUCAACUACCAGCAAAUCUAUUUCAUCGGCGCGAACGCGAAGAAACGGCCGGGCAUCAUCGGCCGGCCGAACAACAACGAGUACGACAAUGAACAGGGCUCGUACAUUCAUGUGCCGCACGACCACGUGGCUUAUCGGUACGAGGUUCUCCGCGUAAUCGGCAAGGGCUCGUUCGGUCAAGUGGUCAAGGCCUAUGAUCACAAAACGCACGAGCACGUGGCAUUGAAGAUGGUGCGGAACGAGAAGCGCUUCCACCGUCAGGCGCACGAGGAGAUACGUAUACUGCGCAAGCUGCGCGAGCAGGACAAGGACAACACCAUGAACAUCAUCCACAUGUUCGACUCGUUCACCUUCCGCUGCCACAUGUGCAUCACGUUCGAGCUUCUCAGUAUCAACCUGUACGAGCUCAUCAAGAAGAACAACUUCAAGGGCUUCAGCCUCCAGCUUGUGCGCAAGUUCUCGCACUCGCUGCUCCUCUGCCUCGACGCGCUCUACAAGAAUAAAAUUAUACACUGUGACAUGAAGCCGGAGAAUGUCUUGCUCAAGCAGCAGGGCCGCAGCGGCAUCAAGGUGAUAGAUUUCGGUUCCAGUUGCUAUGAGAAUCAACGGGUAUACACUUACAUUCAGAGUCGCUUCUACCGCGCCCCAGAAGUGAUAUUAGGCGCAAGAUAUGGGAUGCCGAUCGACAUGUGGAGCCUCGGCUGCAUUCUGGCAGAGUUGUUCACUGGUUUUCCACUGUUACCAGGCGAAGACGAGGCGGACCAGCUGGCGUGCAUCAUCGAAAUGCUAGGCAUGCCGCCACAACGAUUGCUGCAAAACUCGAAACGGUCGCGUCAGUUCAUCAGCUCGAAGGGCUACCCGAAGUACUGCACCGCGACGGCAAUGCCGGACGGUACGACAGUGCUAAGCGGGGGUCUCUCGAGACGAGGGAAGCUGCGCGGCCCGCCGGGCUCGCACGAUCUCGAGCGCGCCUUGAAGGGUUGCGACGAUGUGUUGUUCCUGGACUUUCUCAGGCGUUGCCUCGUGUGGGAACCGGAAUGUCGAAUGACUCCGAACAAAGCAUUAAGGCAUCCGUGGCUACGCCGUCGAUUACCGAGGCCACCGGGCGACAAGAACGACACGCUACCGGCGGUGACAUCGGCGCAACCCGCGACCACCGGCGGCGGUCCCACUCUGAGAACAUCCGCAUCCGGCAGCAGGAGUUCCAGCAAGACUAACAGUCUGCAGAGUAGCAAUAACACCAGCGACGACAUCUCGACGAGUAAAACAACGGGUCAGACGAGAGGGAAUCGUUUAGUAGAGGACAUGGUGUCGGCUUAUGCGGGUUACUCGUACAAUACGACCCAAUUACACAGUAUUUGGGGCACAACGGGGGGAUUAAGCAGCGGCCACCAAUCACUGAACUCCAUUAGCGGGACUGGUGGCGGCGGUGGCGGUGGCGGAAGGAGCUCCUCUAGCAAGACUAACAGUUUGCAGGGCGGCAAUAACACCAGUGACGACAUCUCCGCGAAUAAGACGACAGGUCAGCAAAGGGGUAACCGUUUGGUCGAAGACGUGGUGUCCGCUUACGCGGGUUACUCGUCAGCGUACGGCGCGUCCCAGCUGCACGGCAGUACUUGGGGCACAACGGGGGGACUGAGCAGCGGCCACCAGUCGCUCAAUUCCGUCAGUAGCAGGAGUUCCAGCAAGACGAACAAUCAGUUGCAGAGCGGUAACAAUGCGUCGAGCGGCGACCUUUCCACGAGCAAGACCGAACGUCAGCAGCAGAGAGAGCGCACAAGCGAGUUGCCGGUGACGAUCUUCGAUCCCUACCCACUCGGCUCUUACGGUUGUCUGUCCGAGUCCCAGUUGCAUAGUAGUCAUCGAUCGAACCAGAGUAGCAGCCAUCAGUCGCUCAAUUCUGUCGACGGUGCGACGACCGGCAAGUCGCAGCGCGCUCGUCAGACGCACCAGACGCAGCAGCAACAGCAGCACAAUAACAAUGGCGCGUCACACGACAGUUAUGGCUCUCACGGCUCCUCGAGCAGCUCUAGCCGGUUGGUACUCUCGUUCCAGCCGGGGAUCCAGGAGAUCCUCGAGGAGUUGAGACGAUAGGUCGAGACGUGACGCUAGUCGUCCUUUUCUCCUCCCUUCAGCUCGCUCGCUGCCGUUCUAGGCAUUGCUACUGACGAGCGUUUCGUCACGAAACGAUCGCAUAACGUAAAGAUAAGGAUGAUCCGAUCCCGGUCACCUAAUAACGUGAAACUCGGCUGUGUCUCGCUGCCUGCCGUUCGGGCGACGUCUGAGCUGCGCCGCCUCGACAUGACGUCGAGGAAGGUUACUUGCGGUCGAAAGGGUGGGUGGCUGUCUUAUCAUCGAUCUCGGAUACCGCUGUGAUUCACGCGUCGCGUUUCUACGGUCGCUGUGGCUGAUUGUCGAUGAGGCUUGAAUCGGUUAUAAUUUGAUGAAAAGAGGCGAGAUCUAUUUUCUAUGAAAUACGCCGCUUU